GCAGCAUGCAACGUUGACAGGGAGACCCUGAGAUUGCGAAGUCGGACUCGGAAAGCAAGCACACAGCAGAUUAUCAUCCAUCACUACAGAGAAUGAUCUACUGAACAUUAAGUACUCGACGGGUUCAAUUUCAUCGGCCCGAAUUAGUCUGUUGAGCGUCUGCAGACUUGGAUGUUUGGUAACGAUUAUUGGAAUCACUUACUGCCAUUCCCCACUUCAUCGACAUCCCUCAUAAUUUUCACUCUUUGUAUCCUAUGUCUGCGAUAGAACGGCAUUCAAUUGGCGAACACAACUUUCUGACUGGUUCUCCUUCCGACGUGAUCUUGGACAUCUUUUGUCAUCUCGCUAUUGCGGACCUCCUAGCUGUACGAUGCACAUGCCGGAGGUUAUCCUGGCUCUCUACACUGAAAGUGCUCUGGCUCGAGAUACUUCAGCGAGAUAUUGUGGCGCACGCAUUGCCGAUGCCAUCCUACUGUCUCCCACUCGGCAUGUUGUCCGCCAAUCAAGUUGAAUGUUUAGUCAGACAUUUGUAUCAGGUGAACCGAAACGUGUGGCGGCCUUCAGAACCAUAUUACCGCACGAUUCAUUUGCCUUCAAAUCGUCCAAUCACCUGGGUCCGCCUUGUACUGGGACAAUGGGUGCUCAUAGCGUCCUCAGAUACCUCCUCUAGUAUUAUUGCUCUCUGGCAUCUCUCUUCUCUCCUUCAAGUUGGCAGAGAAUCUACUGUUUCUCCUGUUGCGCAGGCAUUUCUCGAUGGACCUGUCGAACAAGGUUUGGUCCAAGUUCAUCGUUACCACGGGGUCACUAUAGCCCUUUGCCUCAAGAAACGGAUCCCUUGUAUUUCCGUAAUGACCAUAGAGAAUCUGGGUCAAACUGCCGCUUUCCGACAGCUGACAACGAUACCGGAUGCAUCUCACCUUCGCUUCUUGCGCGGUUUCUACAUUGGAGUGGCUUUUUCUCAAAAUAUCAGUAUUCCGUCGGUACAUAACUGGAGGACUGGUGAUGUUGACUACCUGCAAACUAUUCCUGAUCUGAAGGGCGGGUAUAUCGACAUGGCCGCUCGUUCAAAUUGGAUUGCGGCCGUUUCACGCAUGCACCUUCAUAUUUACAUCCUGGAUUUUUUAGGUUCAGGCCGAUGCAAAUUUUGGCGUGGAUUAAACAUGCCGAUAGCUAUGUCGUCCGCAUGUUUCGAUGAGGGUUCAGUAUCAGUUGUGCCUUCGGUUGACGAGGAAUCGGAGAAGCUAUAUCUCUGCGUUGGGAAUCGUCGUGGUAUCCAUAUCUACGAGGUGGUCUGCCGCCCUCUAGAUGACCACCUGGAGCUCAUCCCGGUGUGGACGCAUAAUCUAGGUCUGGUGGCGCAAAAACAUGAAAGUCUCACCGUUCAACCUCGGUUCGGGGCAAGCCCUCACGUGAUUACAUGGCUCCGUGACUGCGUCGACUUGAGCUUUCUACCUACCUUUGUCGCUGCUCGAAUACCCACUCCUGACUCAGUCGUUGGUACAGGAGAUGUGAUCGAAAUCAGUGACCCUAAUUUACCUUCACUGUACUGCCAGCCAGUUAGAGACUUUGACGAGGCCCGAGGUGUUGCCAUCUUCGGCAAUGCAUUUGGGGAACUUGCUUUGAUCGAUUUCAGUGGUGUUGCCGGACGGAGUCAAGAGAUCCUUGAAUCCUGUUUCCAGCCGCUCAGUUUCCCUCCAUCCUUCGGGUGUGAUCUUCUCCCCACCGAGCCUGUACACUGUGUAUUCGCGCCUCCCUUCCCAUAUUGUGGUGGUGAUCUCUAUGACGAGCACAAGGAGUACCUCUUCGAGCUGUGGCGAGAGCACGAACCAGAGAAUAUUCCUGAAGGAUGGGACACAGAUUGGGAACUAUGGGGAGGAUGGGUAUGCUUUGUGAAUGGAUUCCAAUUCGCCGGGAUUGCCUCACUCCUAGAGAAUGCCUACCACUACUAUGGUCAAGUGAUCCCUCUUUUACAGCGUCCUUACGAUUACCUGAUUUUCGAAGCUGGAGGCUUUCUGUUUGUUCUUCGGGAGCAUGGGCUGGUGCCAUACAUCGCCUAUGAACUGAUUGCUCCCGAAGAGUUGGCCACGAUGAUCGAUGCAAACGACGGUUUGGCGUCCGCUCCUGUGACCAGGAUCCCGAAGUUGGACGAUACGAGGCAUCUUGAGCUUGGGAACACUCAGAGAAGGUGGGAAUACGAACGAGAACAUCAAAAGCGCAAUCGAUGGCAGGAGUUGGUCGAUCGUGGUGGUAAGGUUCAUUGGAGUUUGUUGGCGAAAGACAUACACUACAGACCGCGCAAGAACUCUCAAUAAAAUAUUCCAAACCAUCCUCCUAUAUAUCAACUCUCUGUACCUUGUAUAACAGUGAUUUGGUCUGUAUUGUGUUUAAUGUAUAUUCUGUACCCGGAAUCAUGGCCGACCAUCAACGAGGGAUAGGAAGAACGAACGUAUUCGUUGACCAUCUACGCCUCAGAGUAGAACCUAACUUGAGAUAUGAACUUCUAUUUGCUUCAUCAUUCAGAGGGCCGUUAUGGACCCAGACAAUGUUACAAAUAGAAGUAUACCUCAAGG